AUGCCUACUGAUUUUGCACUGAUAUUUGAACUUUCCAAGACUGUGAUUACCGGUGAACGGUUUGACUUGGUGCUGCAUACCGCCAAAGACCUGCAUCGUCCAGAAGGCCGUCAAUGGCAUGGACGCGUAUGGGGAGAUCUGACUUCUUUACAUACUAGCCGAGUCCUAUCCUGCACUCAGGCACCACUUGUUGUAGGUCAAAUGAAUAUUGGAGGCUCAGUAGGUGGUCCAGGUGGAAUAGCUUCUUGUCAGCAACCCAUCUAUCAAGGAAGCAUUGAACAGAUGCUCCAGGUGAUCUUUUCCAGAUUUGAUGCAGGAGAGUUUUCUGAAGGUGUGUUUCUUGUCAAGGCCGACUAUGGUCAAGAGUGGUUUUCACCAGUUUUACAACAUCCACAUUGUGUACUUCGACAUCUUGUUCCUACGCAUUCUGCUUCGAGCGAAGUAUCUCGUGAGCAAUUACAUCAUUUUUCCGGUUUGGGUGUUUCAUCUACUUCUAACUCUGGUAUCGGGCAAAUACCAAAAUCUUCAUUGAUCGAUAGUACUGCAUCCAUAACCACCCUUUCACCUAGUAUUGGUGGAAUGGCUGUUGGUUGCUGGGCACCCUUGGACACGACUGACUCGGUGUCGGAUUCAUUGCAUCCAAGUCCAAAUAUGUCGCUCAAUCCAACUCCAAUCAUGAGAUCUGAAUCCAUGCAUCCGAGUCCUGCUACUGUAUCAGUCGCGGAUACAAUUUCUCGAGCUAAUCCCAUCACUACAAGCACUACAUCACCUCAGAUGUUAAAUGCAGUGGAAUCGCAUGUUCUUUUUUACCUUGGUCCUAAUGUUAAAAACUUUUGUUAUGCAUUCUAUGCCAUUGGACUGAUUCCUGGAGUCAACUGUUGGUCUGCAGUUAUGUUGACAGAUGAUAUGUCAAUGGGAUGCAUGGAUAGUUCAAUGUCAUCACCACAUAUACACGAUCGAUUUCCUUCGGAUCAAUCACGAGCUACUCAAAACUCGUUUACAAUGCCACAUGGUGUUCAAGCCGCCGCCUCAAUGGUGGGCCAGCAUUCAAUGCUCAACAUGUCCCAUCAACCAAGUCACAUUCAACAGCAUAUUUUGCAAAAACAACAGGCGCAACAACGCGCUCAACAUCAACAUCUACUUCUUCAACGUCAACAGCACCAACUCAAGCAGCACCAACUCCAGCAGCAGUUGCGUCAACAGAAUUUACAACAUCAUCGUGAAAUGGAAUCGGCUUUGUUUAGUCCAAUGGAUCAGUCUAUGGGUCAAGAUUCACAACACAAUCUGUAUGCACCAUCGCAGGGGCAGUUUCAAAUGAUGAUGCAGCAGGAGCAUCAACCACUAGGACAAAUGUAUACAGACUCACUGUUGGGUGGCAUGUCUUCAUCAUCCACACUGCAGUCUCCUCAGAUUGUGAUGCCCCAAUGUACACCAUAGAUUCCCACCUUCUUAUUGCUUUGUGAAACUGUCUGAUUCUUACAAAAAGGCGGACAAUAGUGUAGCAGCUGCUUGUUUUGCUUAUUUCUUGAUAUUUCAUUUUUAUUUACUACCCAUGUUUGUUGAUUCAUGUUGUUGGAGCUACUGAUACGUGUAUUACUGUUACGGAUAUUUAUGCGACAAUGACGUUGAUUUGACUCGGGUUGUUGACAUGAUACGCCAUUUAAUCUAGUAGCACCCCAAUUAACUUGUUUUGAUUGCUAAUAUCCAAUCCUGUCAUGUCCUGAACAAACAAUACUUUUUUUUAUCUUGUCGCUUAUUUAGCAAUAAAUACUGCUCGUUUAUCAG